AUGGUGGUCGAUUCACUUUGCCUCGAUGAUCCCACGUGGACUGCUGGUGGCAAAGGUGUUGUUUCCGUGCAGGUCUUGCUAGAGGAUGGAGUCUGGGGAGCGUCAUUGCUGUUGCGCACAUGCAGACUUCUUGCCACUCGUAGCGGAGUCACGCUGGCAGCCCCUUGCAGAAUGUUGUGCAGUUGCUCAAAGUAUGGGCAUGUGGUCCUGCUGUUGCCGGAUUUUGAGUUGUGCGCUACUACCCUUCUGUACUCCGCUCUCAUCACCUUGGUCUUGUUUCUGCACUCCGUGGCCGUUCAGCCGUGGCCUCUAAUCACCAUCUGUUGCGCAACGCCUUCAAAGGUAAGAUUUAACAAGGACAAGUUUACAAUCUUUUUGGAUGUAAAACAUUUCUCCCCUGAAGAUUUGAGUGUGAAGGUCAUUGAAGACUUUGUGGAAAUUCAUGGCAAACACAGUGAGAGACAGGAUGACCGUGGGUACAUUUCCCGUGAGUUCCACCAUAGAUACCGCCUCCCUUCCAAUGUGGACCAACCAGUCAUCACCUGCUCCCUGUCUGCUGAUGGCAUGCUGACCUUGUCUGUUCCUAAGGUCCAGUCCAACACAGACCCCAGCCACAGUGAGAGACCCAUACCUGUAUCCUGUGAAGAGAAACCAGCCUCAGCUCCUUCUUCUUAGGCUGAACCUGUUGCUACUGAAAAAGCAUCCAGGCUGCCACACCACUUAGAGGCCUCAUUCACAGAGCCAUUGCAUGGGUAUCAGUGAAUAUCUAGAAGGGUCUCUCUCUCUCUCUGACUUCUGAUUUUUCUCUUGGAUGGAAUGAGACGCUGAGUGAGCAGCUGGAGGAAUUUGAAGCUGAAGCCUAAAAUACUGUGAUGUCGGGAUGAUUACACGAAAGGCAAAGUGUGCUGCAGCCGUGCUGACAUAUUUGCUGAAAUGGUCUAGAUGCUGUGCUAGUUUUGAUAACAUCUGUCAAGCCCCAAACACAGGGCUGGCCAGAUGGCAUUAGCUCUCAAUGCAUCAAUUGUUAAUGAAGCAGUUUGGUGCAGCAAAAACAACAGUACGGGCUUGUUCUAUCCUAAAGUAGUUAAGAGAAGGGAGAGCUAAGCUGAUUAGUGAGAGGAAGAAGAAGAAACAGGGGGUGGUACUUGUAACAAAUGUGCCACACACUCUUUAAAAACAAAGGAAGAAAAAAAAAACACUGCAAAGUGAUUGGAGGGGUUGUAACAUUUUUCAGCAAAGCUGAAAGAGGGGAAAAAAGCAUAGCUAUUUACAACAUCAAUUAUAGUGUGUCAUCUACUGAUGUAAGGACUAGCACCCCUUUGGGGUCCAUCACAAGUGCUGAGGCUUCAAAUCCCUACUGAGCUUUCCCUAGGCCUGCGUGUAUCAUACCAUCUUCCUUAAUCUUGCUGUAAUUCUAACAUAGCUCCACCUGUUGUACUUAUAUCU